AUACAAAUAAUGUUGGAGGUGAGAAUACCUUCCAAAGUUAGUCCAGUUCAGAAGUGAAUAUGUUGAUGAGGUGGCCUACAGUCGUUGAUGAUGACCAAAUCGUAACACUAAUUGAAAGAACCGUGGCGGCACAUGAGCCAACGGGAGAUUUGAAUCGGGAGAGACUCAUAUUAUUGUGCCUUGGAAUACCAACGUUGUUUUGGUUUGCAAAGUCUAAAGGUAAACGAACUCCGGACAAAAUAUUAUUGUCGUUAUUUGUAAUCGUCAACCGGAGUUACAUAUGAACUCUAACUUUGAACUUUUUAUAAUAAUAUCCGUCGAUAUAAUAGUUGAAUAGUUAGCAAGUAGAAGAAUUGAAUUGUUAUCGAUAUAUGAGUUUCGAGCGAGCGACGAUUACAACCUGCAUACACUAUUUCUGUACUUGUAUUUAAAGUGAUUUUAACAUAAUCGUCUAUUACAAUUUUAUCACUCGUUUCUUUAUAAUAAAAACUAACACGUUUAAAAUAGGAUCUCAAAUUGGUGACCUCAACGUGAUAUAAAAGUGAAAAGAGGUGAACGUGUUAUAUUCGAAAUGGUGAGUGCCAAUCAGGACGUAAGCGCGACGGACGCAACGGGCUCACGGCAUGACGCUGUGGAUCCUGGUAUUGAAAUCACAGUUCGAGGCUACCCGCAUUACCAGCGACGAAGUUAAAUUUCAUAUCACUGUUGCGAGUCUUAUUGAGCAGCAGUUCCAGCUGGUCCGGGACCUACUGCUCGACCAGCCGAAGACGGGGCAGUAUGACCGAUUAAAGAAGGAACUGAGUACAAGACACGUCGACUUAGAUAAUACAAGAGUGCGCAAGUUGUUGAUGUGCGAAGAAAUGGGCGACAGGGCGCCGUCCCAGUUUUAUCGAGACUUAAAGAAACUCGUCAUCCCCUCAACACCAGAUGACUUCGUCCUCACGGUUUGGAGGAGCUGACUACCGGUUCAUAUCCAGCGCGUCCUGGCCGCCACGGAAGACACAAAAGUUGAAAAUUUAAUUCGGAUGGCCGAUCUGACACAUGAAAUUCGCCCUAAGAUGGGACGAAUUGCCGCCGUCGCAGCAGAAAGAACUGAUGGCGAAUGGCAUAACCGCAACUCGGACCCGAUACACAAGCUGCUAUGUCGGUUAGUAGAGCGAAUAGACGCGUGGAGCCUCGAUAGCCGUUGCCGUUCACGAUCACGCUUGAGACGCCGACGUUCACGUUUUCGAGAAAGGACACAACCGACCGGUCUAUGCUAUUACCACGCGAUCUUUGGAAACCGAGCACGAAAGUGCUCUUUGCAACCGGAAGCACGGAAACGGGAUCAGACGUCCGUAAACGCGGCGUGCGACGACAGCUCAGGAUCAGGAUUUGCGUGUACCCGCGCAAUAAGUCACGCGGAUCCGCGAACAAAGACACGUCCAAUCUGUUCGCGGCCAUCGGGAUGCGCAUCGCGACUUACGGCACCAUCCUAGUGUCCCUCGACCUGUUCUUCGACGAGCAUUCAAAUAGCGUUUCACAGUGGCGGACGUUAACGCGCCUAUCAUCGCUGUGGCUUCCUAAGCCAUUAUGGGUUACUGAUCGAUCCUCGAAACCGACAGCUCAUCGACUAGACCACCAACCUAUCACCGACAGAAUACACGGCCACGACUGAAGCUGUAUCGAUUCAGACAAUCGUCGGUGAAUCGACGUGUUACCGACUUCUCGCCGAAUUUCCGGAUCUAACCUGUCCACCCUUUUUUGGACGAGAGAAAACUCGACACGGUAUGGUACACCACAUCAAAACCAUUCCCGGUCCCCUCGUCUUCAGCAAACCUCGACGUCUCGCCCCCGACCGACUCAAGUGAAGGCGGAGUUUGAGAUGAUGAUGGAGCGAGGAGUAAUACCGCCAUCAAAGAGUCCAUAGGCAUCGUCCCUGCAUGUCGUACCGAAGAAAGACAUGCCUACGAGCCCUACGACCUUGCGGCGACUACAGGGCGUUGAACGCCCGCACCGUACCCAACAGGUACUCACCAGCGCAUAUCGAAAACUUUGCGCAACAUUUGCACGUUAAGCGUAUCUUUUCUAAGAUCGACCUCCUCUGUCCUUACCAUCAAAUAUCAAUCGCGCUCGAAGACGUUGAAAAAACUGCGAUCACGAUACCCUUCGGACUUUUCGAAGCAGUGAAUACGAUGUUUGGACAUCGGAAUACCGCGCAAACGUGUCAACGAUUCGUUGACGAAAUCACGAGAGGCCUAGAUUUCGUCUACGCGUACAUCGACGAUUUUCCAAUAGCUUCGGAAGACGUGAAGCAACAUUGCGAACACUUGCGAACGCUAUUUAACCGCCUAAACGACUACAGUGUCGUAAUAAACCCCGCGAAAUGCGAAUUCGGUGCGCACGAAAUCACAUUCCUCGGAUAUACGGUAAACGCCGACGGAAUAAAGCUGCUACCCGAGCGUGUGGAAACGGUUGUAAACCGUACUCGCAUUGUCUACCGAUAUUGUCUAACGUUAUCGACCGUUUCUCGCGAUGGCCCGAAGCAAUACCCAUAGCCGAUAUGGAAGCGUCAACCGUUGCUUCAGCCUUCCUUUCUACAUGGAUAGCUUGUUUUGGCGUACCCUUAAAAAUAACAUCCAACCAAGAACAUCAAUUCGAAUCGAAACUAUUCGAAGAAUUAUGCCGGUUGCUCGGCAUCAAGCAUAUGCGCAAGACGGUCUAUCAUCCCGCGUCCAAUGGGAUGGUAGACCGUUUACAUCGGCAAUUGAAAGCAGCGUCAAAUGUCAUGACACGAGCAACUGGGUCGAAAUGUUAUCGAUCGUUUUAUUUGGAAUUCGAACAGCCAUUGAGGAGGAUCUGAAUGCAACGGCUGCCGAAAUGGUUUACCGCACUGAAAUACGAUUGCCAGCGGAAUUUUUUGUACCCAAGAAAAAAUACCCACAACCGAUAUGGUAUGGGAAAAAGUUUUUAUCUUCUGCGAACUCGUGUCGUUACGCUAUAUAUUCUUGCGUAACGACGUCGUCCGAAGUCCCAUCCAACCAUCCUACGACGGACCAUGCAAGAAAUGUGACAGUCUCCAUAGAUCCUAUAAAACCCACCUUCGUCGUACCCGACGACAUGAAGCGACAAAGCGCCGAAAACCGCGACGCGUUAAUGCCGUCCGAAAUUCAAAUCGAGCGGAACGAUGGGCGGACAUGUACAAGCGACGAAAACGCGAAAAAUAUGUACGUUACGCGCGCGGACAUGAGAGUCCGCUUUCCUGAUCGGUUACAGGCAGGUUUCGGAUAAAGCUGUAGAGCUCGCUGGGCUUGGAAAAUCUACCUGCGACAACCUUUGUAAACCAAACAAAAUAAAAAAAGGAAAAUGUUACCACUGGCAAGAGGGUGAUGUAGCGGCACAUAAAUCAACGGAGGAUUUGAAUCGGGAGAGACUCAUAUUAUUGUGCCUUGGAAUACCAACGUUGUUUUGGUUUGCAAAGGUAAACGAACUCCGGACAAAAUAUUACUGCCGUUAUUUGUAAUCGUCAACCGGAGUUACGUAUGAACUCUAACUUUGUACUUUGUAUAAUAACACCUGUCGAUAUAAAUAAACGAACGUGCUCUCUAGGUCAGUCAAAUAGUUGAAUAGUAGCGAGUAGAAGAGUUGAAUUGUUAUCGAUAUAUGAAUUUUGAGCGAGCGACGAUUACGACCGGCAUACAGUAUUUCUGUACUUGUACUUAUGUUAAUUUUAAUAUAAUUGACUAUUACAAAUUUACUACUCGUUUCUUUAUAAAACAAACCAACACAUUUAAAAUAGCACCUCAAUUUAAGUCACACGAGACAUGUUACUUACGUUGUUGAAUAAAUAUGUGUCGGGGAUGGAAGGAA